CUGUGCUUCAUGAGCUGGACAGAAAUCUGCCGGCAUCAACAGCAUUCCUGAAAACUGGAUUUUCCUUUUGCUUUUAAAGGACUGAAAUGUUGAGGAUUAAGGAAGGUCCUGCCAGUGGCAGGGGUCUGGGGUUUUUCCUCUAAUGGAGGGAGAAGAGGAGGAGGAGCUGCAGUGUUUCCCUCAUUUAAAGUCUCUGUUGGAGUUACCUUGGAGGAAGAAUGGGUGCAGGAGCCAUGACCAUCUGUCACAACCAGGCUGCAGUGUUGGUCAAAGAAGACAUGAAGAAGAUUGCCCAGAUAUCCAUGCUGAGAUCCAGAUCUGUGGCAGCUAGAAACAGCCAGAUAUUUGGAGUGCCCCUGUUGGAGCUGAGGGAGCAGGGCCUGUUGGAGGAUGGAGUGCCUCUGGUGGUAAAGAGGAUGGUGGAGCAUCUCAGGCGCCACGCACUGCAUCAAGAGGGUCUGUUCAGAGUAAACGGGAACGUUCGGGCGGUGGAGACCCUGAGGCUACGACUGGAGAACGGGGACGAUGUUGACCUGCUCUCUGAGUCGGAUCUGUGCACCGUGUCCAGUCUGCUCAAACGCUACUUCAGAGAUCUGCCUGAAGGCCUGGUGAACUCCACGGUGCAGCAGAAACUUAUACAGCACUACGAGGACAGUGCAGGUGAUGUUUCCUGGUGGUUUAUUAGAGACCAGCUUCAGCUGCUGCCCGAUAUUCACCACAGCCUCCUGCGCUACCUCUGCAACUUCCUGACUCUGGUGGAGAGGAACCAUGAAGAAAACCGCAUGACGGCCCACAACCUCGCCACUGUGUUUGGACCAAAUGUUUUUCAAGUUGCUCCCAGUCUGGAGGCGGUGAAGGAUCAAAAUAUUUGCAAUAAAAUUAUGGUCCAACUCAUCCAGAACUACAGCCGCAUCUUUGAUGCCGAGAGCGAUCCAGGCGAUCCAGACCUGACAGAGGAGCUUCCUACUCCCAGACUACUCCAGGUUAGAAAGGGGAGGAACGACGGCAUGCCUCAAGUGGUUUGUCAGCCCAGACAGCUUCAAGGGUCGCCCAGCACAAGGUUCUUCUCCAUACCAAUAGUUUUACCGCUGACCUCAGAGCUGAGGAGUUCAAGCCCGGAGGUGACAGACACGUCCCCCCUGCCAGACCCGGACACUUCCAGAACCGCUUCCCCGCAUGUCGAUUUCAGCCUCUCUGGGAGCACAGAGGGCCUCAGCAGCUCCCAGGACGAAGACCGGCCAGCUUCUCCAUUUUACAUGAGUAACCACCUCUCCCCUGUCCACUGCAGACCAGAUGUGGUGACAAGUUUCCUGGAUCAGACCAUCCGUUCAGUAGUGCAGCAACACCUCUUUGAUGUAAACCCAUUAGCCGAUCAGCGAUCACAGACUCCUGAGUUGACCCCACGCCCUUCAAACUUGAAGGGGACGCCAAGUGCUCGACAGAGACGCCGGCAGCAGAGGGAGCAGCAGGGGGAGGAACUCAGACAAAGAAACCAAGCUGCAUCCACCCAGGCCUACACUAACAAGGAAAACAUCCCGUCCAGUGGUGGCAGCAGUUCAGGGAGCGCUGGGAAGGACCCAGGCACUGACGUGGAACCAGAGGGAGGCCAGAGUGGUUGUGCCGAGCGGAUCAAACCCAAACGCAGGAAGUCCAAACAUUGCCCAACUCUUGUGCAACGUGAGAACCAGACCAGCCACACAUUUAACGAAUGCGUUGGUGAAAGACCUGGAGAGAACCACAUGGACCCACUUCAUAAAGGGAAUGAGAUUUUAAGAAAAGAGGAGCCAGGAUCCACCUCACAGACGUUAAGGAUGAAGAUCCAGGAAUCGCCCGUCGCUUGUGACGUGGGAAGGAUCGGAGGGGGAGAGGUUCGCGCCUCGGAACCGGACCGAGACGACGUUCCCCGUCUGGACCUGACAGCUCUGACCGAGAACAGCAGCUGGGGAGAUCCCCCUUUUCCCAACUCCUGUCUCCUCGACUUCCAAAGUGUUUUCCAUCCCAGUUGCUGUGAUGAACCGAUCCCAGCGUGCCCGCUGCAGAGGGAAAGCAUGGACCGCGAGGAGGCCCGGCUGUCCCCCCACGCCGGGGGACGCCUCAUCCGCCAGCUGGUGGAGGAGGACAGCGAUCCUCUCGUGUCUCCUCGUUUCUACGCCUACGGACACAGCCAGCAGUACCUGGAUGACACCGAGGUGCCUCCUUCGCCGCCGAACGCUCACUCCUUCAUCAGUCGCAGACGGAGCUCAUCGCUGGGCUCCUGUGAUGAUGAGAAGGAGGAGCUGCUGACCUCCGCCCAGCUCACCAAGAGGAUUCACGUUCUGAAGAAAAAGAUCCAGAGGUUUGAGGAGAAGUUUGAAGACGAGAGGAAAUACAGGCCGUCCCACAGCGACAAAGCUGCAAACCCAGAGGUGCUGAGGUGGCUCAACGAGCUGGCCCGACUCCGCAAAGAGCUAAAAGAACGUAAGCUGAUCAAAUCUGAGGAGGACCUAACCCCUGUGACCCGCCAGCGCAGCAACACGCUGCCAAAAAGCUUUGGCUCCCAGCUGGACAAGAAGCCCCAGCAGGAGAAGGCUCCCAAGCCUCCAGUGGAGAGCACCCUGGACUCCAUCUUGAAGAAGCUGCAGGAGAAGCGGGAGGAGAUGAACCGACCAGAGGACAUCAAGGAUAUGACACGGGACCAAAUUGGAGCCGAGAAGGUCGCCCUGCAGAAGGCUCUUCUCCAAUAUGAGGGCAUCCAUGGACGGCCUGUGACCAAGAAUGAGCGGCAGAUCAUGAAGCCACUGUACGACAGAUACCGCCUGGUGAAGCAGAUCCUCUGCAGGGCCUCCACCAUCCCCGUCAUCGGCUCCCCCUCCAGCAAGCGCCGCGGCCCCCUCCUUCAGCCCAUAAUCGAGGGGGAAACUGCUCUCUUCUUCGACGAUAUCAAGGAGGAAGAGGACGGCUCGGAGGAUGACGGAGACACAAAGAAUCAUUUUAUGGAGAACAUUCAGCCCGAGCUCAGCGUUUUCAGCUUCAUGGACGAAGAAGUGGACGGUUUCAUUUCCCCCGUAGACGACCUUUCACCCUCAAAAACCACGACAGACAUGGGGCUGUCCAACCUGCACUCUGCCACCAUGCAGGAACUGGUAGAGCAGCUUCAAGAGACGAGAGAGGAAAAGAAGAGGCUCCGCAAGAACCUGAAAGAGUUUGAGGAGCAAUUCUUCCAAAAAAAUGGAAGAACCGUCCAGAAAGAGGACCGCUCGCCACUUGCAGACGAAUACCACGAAUACAAACAUGUGAAAGCCAAACUGCGACUGCUGGAAGUCCUCAUCAGCAAAAGAGACUCAACCAAGUUCAUUUGAGACAAUAUAAAUAAAAAUAGACUAACUCUACUAGGACUGGUGCUCAGUUUCCUGCGAUACCAGCACAUCUCACCAUUGGAAUAAACUGGGAACAACACGCUGCUCUGGAAACACACGAGACCACCUGUUUCUCCUGAAGUUCUUCCUCAGAACUUUGAAGCAAAGACUUUCUCAGACGCACAAAUAAUCACCGAUAAUUUAUUUUUAUUCAUUUGAAAGAUUUAAGACAAUUUGUCUUAUAUUAAACUGUAGAAAUGCUUAAAGUAAAAUCCUAAUAUUAUUUAGAAAGUCAUGCAAUUGUUGCAACUUUUUUUGAAGGGUUUUGUGAUGAAGAUGCGUAUUUAUGCCUAUUUUUCUAAGGGAGAUGUUACUGUGUUUAUCACUCUUCAGCAAAUGAAUAGUUUUUGCUGUUUUAGUUUGGUUCCAUCGUCUACUUUAAAGAAAAAUGUUAAUUUUGCUUCUUUAGAAGUUUAAUCAGAUGCUUGCUAAUGAACAUAAAUUGAUUUGUCUUUCACUACAACCACACAUUGCAUUUUAAAAGCACUGAUCAUCUGCUCAUUCUGGUGACCACUUCAGCAUCUAAUGGGCUGUUUUUCUAUAUGCUUCUUGCUUUGUCAGAUAAGCUGAUCACUUUAGUGUUUCCAUACACUGUUUAAAGCAGAUGACCUGACUGCCUGUUUGUCUUUCUGUGAACUCAGAUCACUACGUUUGUUUACGGUCCUGUGAGCAACUACUUCUCUCCUUUCCUACUACAAUGGAUGAUUACCUGUGUACAUUUUGUUUUCACAGUGUAAACACUGGUCAGGCUCCUGAGUGUGUACAUUUUAGUACAUAAAAAUGUAUUUUGUACAUAAUAUGA